CCUUCUCCCUCACUCUCAUUUCGCCUCUACCUCUGCAGUACCUCUCUUGCUCAUUCCUCCCUGCGCUGGCUGUGGAGACACACGCUUUCUGCUUUUCCGUCUGGCUGCUGGCUGUGCUCCAGCAUCACUCUGUGCCUCUCGUGUGCUCUCCUCCCCCUCCAGCCUAUGUCUCCCCCUGUGGGUAUUGCCAGCCAGCCUGCUUCCCUGGCUGCUGCUGCUGGAGCAUUGGAGCUGUCUGACACAAAACUGCUACGCCGCUACUGCUCUGCCUCGCUUCUCCUCUCUGCCUUUCGCCUCACACUCUCCUUUGCUGGAUAAUCACCACUGAGUCUGAAAGAGACAGCGACAGAGGACGGGAAGGGAGGGAGAGAGAGAGAGAGAAGGAGACCCUGCACUCUUCAUUCAACUGCUGCAUUCUUCAGUUUGUCUUUUCCUCUGCUUUUUUGGCCUGCUGGAGUGUAGCACAGGGAAGAACUGGUCGGGAGAGAACUCCCUAAAGGAAUUUAUCUUUCUCUUUUUGCGUUCAUUCCUGGGACAGAGUGCAGAGGAGGAGAGAAGAGGGAGGGACUGAGAACAGGGCUUCAGCUGCAGUUCAGCUGUCCCACCUUGCUCCAGAGACACAUAAGACUAACACACACACAAACAUAUUUGCAAAGAUUGGACACAGUUCAGGCUGACCAGACUGGAAAACGGGCACAGAUUGACAAAGACAUAUAUAGACAGACAGACAGACAGACAGACAGACAGACACCUGGUGUCAUGGCGUCAGUGGACAGCACUGGUUCGAGUGUCUCUGGUCGGCUGAGAUCAGGGGAUUUACUUUACACUGGUCUGGCAGUUGCACUGCUGCUCGGUGUAUGGAGUGUUGGUGGACUGGAGGUCUCAACAGGUAAAGUGUCUCAACUUGAAGCAAUGAAUGGCUCUACAGUCCUGCUGCCUUGCACCUACUCCUCCUGUAUUGGCAUCAAAAACCUAUACUUCAGCUGGCACUAUAAUGACAAUGGGACCAUGAACAAGUAUUGUGAAGCGGUGAUUCCCAUUGAGGGCGUGGAGCCCAAGGUCAGUGUGUACCAUGAGCGUGUGGAGUUUGUCGGCUCCUCAAAAAGCAACAACAUCUCCAUCCUGCUGUGGAACAUCACCUUUGAAGAUGAGGGAGAGUACAUCUGUUUCGCCAGAAACCCAAAAGAGAAGAACCGCAACCACAGUGCUAUCUACACUCUUAUAGUGGUGGACCAAAUGAGGGAGGUUGACAAUACUUUGACAGUUAUCAUUGUCUCAGUGCUGGGUGGAGUCAUUGGCUUAGUUAUCAUUGUCAUGGUGAUAAAGGCCUUGGUUGUUCACUUCCUACUGAAGGAUGAUGAGAAGAACAAAGAGUGCCUGGUGAGCUCAGGGAAUGACAACACAGAAAAUGGACUUUCAGGAGCCAAAGCAGACAACAAAGGGACACCAAAGGCAUGAGCAAAAUGCAAAAUCAAAAGAUCAAACCAUUGAUCUAAUGUCGGUGUAGUUCAGCAGAAAAGUCAACUUUACUACAAUCCUGAUCCAAGAGGAUGAUACAUGAAAUAAGAUUAAAGAGGAGCAAUAUGUUCUUACUUUGGCACUAACACAAUGGUUUUCCUUUUCAGAAAUUUGACAUAAUGAAAUUAUUGUUAGCAAUGCCAAACUAUGAUGCAUACUGUGACCUGUUGUGUGUCAGUCAAUAUUAUAUUACAUGCCUAGCAAACUGCCUCCUAUAACUCUUGAAAGAGAUUAUCUUGUUGACCAAGGCUAGCUAGCUCGAGAUUGGAAUUAUAAGCACAGGCUGACACUGACCUCUCCACAUUUUCCCACUGCAGUCCUGCAUUUUAAACUAUUUCAACACUGUUUUUACACAUCUAGCGGCUGCUAACGUAAUUGUCCCUUAACCAAAAGACAAAUUCAUAUCUACACAUUACACACUAAUGUUAUACAAAUCAUAGUGUUUUUUAGUAAGUCGACAUCUUGCAGCAAAUUACUAUAUUUCGCUUACAUCAGCGCAGUCCAUUCAACACAUACACAACCCCAGGUUUCCUCAACUUUCCUCUGAAUGUUCAGCUGUUUGUCUGUAUUUGUGACCAUGUUGCUCAUGCUCCCUCCAUGACUAUGCACCUCAAACUUUUGACUUGUUAAAAAAAUACAUACCGGAAAUAAAAUGUUGUUUGAAAUUCCCAUAGCA